AUGGCGAUAAGAUAUACUGAUUACAUGGAGAGUGAAGAGUAUAUUGAAAGGUAUGGAAGCAAUCCAGUGUGGACUGACUACAGGAGGAACCACAAAGGAGACAUCCCCCCUCAUAAGACUUGUAAGACUUGCAUUAGAGGUGACAACAUAUGUGGAAACCCCUGCCCAAUUUGUUGUGAUCCAAACAUCAUCAUUCACCAUCAGAAUGUCAAGUUGUUGCAGCAAUUCAUUAGUCCCCACACUGGAAUGGUGUUGGAUUCCACUCGAACUGGGUGUAUGAAACACCAGAAGAAGCUAAAUGAGGCAAUUAACACAGCACAAGAUCACGGCUUACUUCCUUUUCAGAUUCCAUAUGUGGGAUUUUUUAGGGAGGACUACUCCAAUUCCCAUGAUGCUGUGGGCUCCACACCACCACCCCCAUCCUUUACUUUAGAUGACAAUUGGUAUAAAUGAUAUGGGGAAAUACUUCCUGAUGAGAAUGAAGUGGCUAAAGUCAAGAAGACAUAUAAGGCUUAA